CCCUUGCAGCUGCCCUGCCUGCCCACCAGUCUGACCUGCUGCUGCUGAGGCUGGUUGGCCUGGAGUCUCUGCGAGAGAGAAAAAGCCGACAGUCGAGUCAGAAACAUGGGGCCCAGGGCUGAGCUGUGUACUCUCUUAGGCGGACUGUCAGUCUUCCUCCUACUGAUGCCAGGCGAAGGUUCCAAGGGUGGAUCCCUUAAAGAGAGUCAAGGGGUCUGCUCCAAGCAGACUCUGGUGGUCCCGCUCCGUUACAACGAGUCCUACAGCCAACCGGUAUAUAAGCCCUACCUGACCCUGUGUGCUGGAAGGCGCAUCUGCAGCACCUACAGGACCACUUACCGCGUGGCGUGGCGGGAGGUUAGGAAGGAGGUGCUGCAGACCCACGCCGUGUGCUGCCAGGGCUGGAAAAAGCGGCAUCCCGGGGCGCUCACCUGUGAUGAAGCCAUCUGCGCCAAACCCUGCCUGAACGGAGGCGUCUGCAGUCGCCCGGACCAGUGCAAGUGCGGCCCCGGCUGGGGUGGGAAGCACUGUCACGUGGAUGUGGAUGAAUGUAGGACUGGCGUCACCCUCUGUUCGCACCAUUGUCUCAACACGGCAGGCAGCUUCACCUGUGGCUGCCCCCACGGUCUGGUGCUGGGCCUGGACGGACGCACCUGCACGGAGGGGUCCUCGGAGGCCCCAACUAGUGCUAGCAUCCUUAGCGUGGCGGUUCGGGAAGCGGAACAGGGUGAGCGCGCCCUGAGGCGAGAGAUUCGUGAACUGCGCAGGCGCCUUGAGCGGCUGGAGCAGUGGGUUGGGCAGGCCGGGGCCUGGGUCCGAGCGGUGCUGCCUAUGCCACCGGAAGAGCUGCAGCCGGAACAGAUGGCAGAGCUGUGGGGCCGGGGCGACAGGAUAGAGUCUCUCAGCGACCAGGUGCUGCUGCUGGAGGAGAGGCUAGGCGCCUGCUCCUGUGAAGACAAUAGCCUGGGUCCAGGCCUCAGUGGACAAUGAGGAGGAACCUGUGCAGAGCCCCUGCACCCUAAUUUAUACAGAAACUGGACCCACUAAUGCUUUGGGAUUCGCCAGCUGGGGAGCUGCAGAUA